AUCCCGACAGAGUAAUCCGAAGGGAAUCACAGCGUUAUCCAUAGAAGAGCGCUCUCUCCACAAUGGACCUCCUUCUUCCUCCUCCGCCCUGCAUCUCCUUCAUCGACCGGACCCAACCGCUCUUCCUCCGCCGUUGCUCCUCUUCCUCGGGCACCCCUUCUUCCCGUCUCUCGAAGUACCGCCGGAGGGUCUCCUCGGAGUUUCAGACGACCUCGGUAGGCUCCGGCAAUGGCAGGGUCAGCAGCUACUCCCCCUCUGUCCCCACCUACAAGGUAACCGUCAACGACCGGCAGCGCGGGGUAGUUCACGAGUUCCUCGUCCCGGAGGAUCAGUACAUUCUGCACACGGCAGAGGCUCAGAACAUAACUCUCCCUUUCGCUUGCAGGCACGGCUGCUGUACUAGCUGUGCUGUCCGCUUAAAAUCGGGACAGAUCAGACAGCCAGAGGCACUCGGAAUCUCUGCUGAAUUGAAAUCAAAGGGUUAUGCUCUCCUCUGUGUUGGUUUUCCAUCAUCGGAUCUUGAGGUUGAAACCCAAGAUGAAGAUGAGGUAUAUUGGCUUCAAUUUGGAAGAUAUUUCGCACGAGGACCAAUUGAAAGGGACGAUUAUGCUCUAGAGUUAGCAAUGGCAGAUGAAUGAGGAAGCCGAGAGGUCGGGAAUGUCUUUCUAGGUCUGAGCUUUAUUUAAGACCCUUUAUGUAUGCACACCUAACUUCUUAUCCAUCUGGAGUGAAUUCAUCUCUGAUGCUCUGCUGAUUGUAAUUACUUGAUUUGAAUAAAAUUUCUCUUGCCUGCAUCAAUUAUGGCUGAAAA